UGUGGCAAGCAAGGGUUUAAGAGAGAAAAUCAAUAUGAAGCGUCUCCAAAAGGUUUAAGAAAGAAAUCAAUAUAAACUUAAUCACUUUGAAACUACAGAGAGAGUUUAAUGAACAAUGUCCAUUCUCUCAUCUUCUUCUCUUGUCAGUAUAACAAAACCCCCGUCAAAAACCUCUAAUUUUCUAACCCCAGCUCCUAAUUUCUCCAUAAACCUAACACCGGAACAGAAUUGCUUGUUUUCUCACACUAGAGCUACUAAUUUAAGCUUCAAUUCAAACCACCCUCGUAUUGUUUGCUCUAGUUCUUCGCCUCCCAGUGCAGAUGGAAAUAGAUUGGGAAAAGUUGGGUAUGCUGAUGUUGGUGGAUUGAGUAAGCAGAUGGCUCAGAUCAGAGAGGUGGUGGAGCUCCCACUUAAGCAUCCACAGUUUUUCGAAUCAAUUGGUGUUAAGCCACCAAAAGGGAUUUUACUCUAUGGACCUCCUGGAACCGGUAAAACAUCGAUUGCCAGAGCUGUUGCAAACGAAACCGGUGCCUUCUUUUCUAGUAUUAAUGGGCCAGAAAUUAUUUUCAGUAAAAUUGGGGAGAGUGAAGAACUCCUUAGGAAAGCAUUUGCACAGGCCGGGAAAAAUGCACCAUCCAUAAUUUUUAUCGAUGAGAUAGAUUCAAUUGCUCCAAAAAGAGAGAAUACAGUUAAGGGUGACCAACUUGUUCCUCAGCUGCUGACACUUAUGGAUGGAUUAAAUUCUCAUGCCCAUGUAAUAGUUAUAGGGGCAACAAAUAAGCCAAAUAGCAUUGAUCCGGCUUUGAGGAGGUAUGGGAGGUUUGAUAGGGAAAUCUAUAUUGGUGUACCUGAUCAAGUUGGACGUCUUGAGAUUCUUCGGAUCCAUACAAAGAACAUGAAGCUUGCUAAAGAUGUCGAACUAGAAAGGAUCUCAAAGGAUACUCAUGGGUUCGUUGGUGCUGAUCUUGCAGCUCUGUGUACCGAAGCUGCAUUUCAAUGCAUUAGAGAAAAGAUUGAUGUGAUUAACUUGAAAGGUAAAAACAUUGAUGCUAAAUUACUCAACUCCAUGUUGAUCACGAAUGAGCACUUCCGUACUUCUUUAAGAACAAUAAAUCCUUCUGCUUUGCGUGAAACAACUGUUGAAGUAUCCAACGUCAGCUGGAAGGACAUUGGUGGCCUUGACACUGUUAAGAGGGAGCUUCAAGAGACUGUUCGAUACCCUGUGGAACAUCCCGAAAUGUUCGAGAAGUUUGGCAUGUCGCCUUCGAAGGGAGUUUUGUUCUAUGGUCCUCCUGGUUGUGGGAAAACACUUCUGGCAAAGGCCAUUGCAAACGAGUGCCAAGCUAAUUUCAUCAGCAUCAAGGGCCCUGAGUUGCUGGCAAAGUGGUUCGGAGAGAGUGAAGCUAAUGUUAGAGGAAUUUUUGACAAGGCCAGACAAUCUGCACCAUGUGUCAUCUUCUUCGACGAACUUGACUCUAUAGCAACUCAGAGGGGAAGCGUCGGAAGUGCGGGAGGUGUUGCCAGUGCCGCUGAUAGAGUUUUAAACCAGCUUCUAACUGAAAUGGAUGGAUUUAAUCCAAAGAAGACCGUGUUUAUAAUUGGUGCUACAAACAGGCCAGACGUAAUUGACCCUGCAUUGCUGAGACCAGGUCGUCUUGAUCAGUUAGUCUACAUUCCAUUGCCAGAUGAAGCUUCUCGGCUUCAGAUCUUCAAGGCCUGCCUUAGGAAAUCACCUGUAUCCAAACAUGUAGAUUUACAAGUCCUUGCAAAGCACACUGAAGGCUUUAGUGGAGCUGAUAUUACAGAAAUAUGUCAGCGUGCCUGCAAGUAUGCCAUCAGAGAAAACAUUGAGAAGGAUAUUGAGAGAGAAAAGAAGAGAAAUGACAACUCAAAGUCCAUGGAAGAGGACUGGGUUCAGGAUGAAGUCCCUGAAGUAACAACAACUCACUUUGAGGAGUCGAUGAAGUACGCUAGGAGGAGUGUGAGUGAUGAAGACAUACACAAGUACCAGGCUUUUUCACAGACCAUGCAGCAGUCCAGGGGGUUCGAAAGUGAGUUUAGGUUUGCUAAUAGUACAUCGCCUUAAGCAGCAGCGGAAGCAGACACCACUGGUGCUGACAAUGAAGCAGACACCACUGGUGCUGACCCAUCUAUACACGUCCAGUUAGUUCUCUAGGUCAGUCAUUAUUAUAGUAAUAGUUUAUGUUUAGUGAAUUAGGAUGUUAAUAUCGUAGAUUCCCAAUCUCCCAAAGCUAAAUACCAA